AUGGCCACAAGAACAUCCUCACGCCAUGCCGCCCAGAAGGCCAAGGAAGCCAUCUCAACUUCCGCCGAACCGACUGGCAAGUCUUCCAAGGGGACAAAACGCAAAGGCUCAGUGGAGGAAGCUCCACAGCCCAAAAAGGAAAAAAAGGAGGAUGUGAAGCUAGAGAAAGAGAAAGAGGAGCAGGUACCCGACGCAAUGACAGAUGGCCCUGCAGCACCGAAGGCAGAUGGAGCACCCGUCAAAGCAGAAAAGCCAGUCGAGAAAGAGCCAGUCGAAGAAAAGCCACUGGAGAAAAAACCUCCCGAGACCGCUUCUGAGAAAGAGCCAGACAUUGAGGCAGGUCUUCGCAAGUCCGAAGAGAGAGAAGAUGUCGUAUCUUCCACUAUUCUCGAAAAGGGCUUCAUCUAUUUCUUCUUCCGCCCGCGCGUCAAUGUAGAGGACCCCCAAAGUAUUAGCGACGUCGCUCGAAGCUUCUUUGUUCUCCGACCGACUCCUCUUGGAGCACAAUUCGAUCAUGGCCAAGGCCCCGUCAAUAAAGAUGCCUCAUGUCGCUUGAUGAUGCUCCCCAAGAAGAAGUUCCCGACGUCGGGCAAGGAACGAGAUAUGGGAUUUGUGGAGAAGUCUGGAAAAUCAAUGCAAGAUCUUCAUGACAGUUUCAUCUCUAGUACCACAUACCAAACCGCCACCCGAGGUGAACGUCACACGGAGGAAGCCAGACCUUACGCGGAAGGUGUCUACGAAAUUACCUCCACACCGCGGGCUUCUCAUCUCGCUUAUAUCUUGACGAUACCGGCGGAGUUGGGCACUCUCCAAGAGGACUUUGGGCUCCGAGAACGCGGGAGUUGGAUUAUUCAGUCGAAGAAUCCCAAGUAUCCUGGUCCGCCGGUUGGUCGAUUGCCAAAAGACCCAGAAUAUCCUCAAUCAGUUCUUGACAAAUUCCAAGAUCUCCGAUGGGUGCCUCUGCUGCCUGAGUUCCUGAAUUAUCCCAAUUCUCAAUUCCUAAUGAUUGGCGAGGCGCAGAACCAGCUUGGCAAAGCUGCAUCGUCCGAGGGAGGUAAAUUAUCCCACGAGGAAGAGCCUGGCCAGGAGCUGGAGAAAUUGGAAGAGGAAAAUGAACAUCGGGUUGAAGCCCUGAGAGGGGAUGCAACUGUCUAUCAGGAUUUGGGCUAUGAUGCGAAGAAUUAUCCAAAGCUGCCCACAACUUGGAACGAAUAA